GCCCGCGCUCGUUUCCAUGGCGAUGGCGUCGGGCCUGGCGUCUCCCUCGAAGCCACGAUGGAGGAGGCGCUUCCCACCGUCCUGCUGCCCGGCGAAGCCGAAGCGUUGGUGGAGUCGCUAAGGGACUUCCAGCUGAGGGAUAUCGGAAACUACGGGUGGAUAAGGCAACAUGAGCACAUUGAGAAGCUUAACAUGCAGGCAAUACUGAGUGCUUCUGCUGGGCAUGAGCAACUCCUUACUGAGCUUCUGGUGAACAAUGGCAAGAUCCCAGUUCUGAUUGAGGAAUUAAUCACUGUGGAGAUCUGGAAGCAUAAGAUAUUCCCUAUACUUUGCAGACUGGAGGAUUUCAGACCAAAAAGCACAUUUCCCAUAUACUUAGUGCUGCGUCAUGAAGCUUCAAUUAUUAACCUGUUGGAGACAGUGUUUUUUCACAAGGAAAUCUGUGAAUCAGCAGAGGAUACCAUUCUGGACUUGAUAGAUUACAGCCAUAGGAAGCUGACCCUAUUAGCAGCUCGAAGUGCCAGUGGGAAGUUCCCAGUUGAGCAAAAGCUUCAGUCAGAGGAUCUUGCCAAUCCUUCAUCGAUGCAGGUUGGUAAAAGAACUAAGAAACAAGCUGAGGAGAUGGAGUUUGAGAUCUCACUGAAAGCGCUUUCCGUGUUCCGUUUCAUUACCGGUCUACUAGACAGUUUGCCAGUGAGUGCUGUGACAAGAAUUCUGAAUACCCACAACUUUCCAUGUCUCUUAGUAGAGUUGGUAGAGCAUUCUCCAUGGAGCUUCCGUGAAGAAGGGAAGCUGAAAAAGUAUGAGAAUGGUGCAUGGUAUGAUGUGCCCUAUGAAGACCAUGUGAAGAUGACUAAGUUGGAUGGGCAAGUCUGGAUUGCUCUCUAUAACCUGCUCCUCAGCUCAGAAUGUCAGCGCAAGUACAACUUCAAUAAUUUUAACAAAGGCCAGCUCCUGAAGCUCCGUGCCUUCCUGACUGAUGUCCUCAUUGACCAAUUCCCCAAUCUUCUCGAGCCAAGAUUCCUGAGCCAUCUUGCUGUGACAGACCCUGUUCCACCCAAGAAGGACCUCAUACUAGAGCAGGUUCCUGUAAUAUGGGAAAACAUUGUCAGUAAGAACUCUGGGAAAAUGGCAAGCCAUUGCAAGCACCAGGUAAACAACAUUAGCCCUUCAGAGGAGGAACUGAGAAGCCAGGCUUGCAGAUGGGCAAAAACAUACAACCUGGAUGUGAUGGAAGCCCAUCCAGAGAAACCCAAGUGUGGGAUGUGUGGCUCUGAGGCAGCAAAACGCUGCUCCCGUUGCCGGAAUGAAUGGUAUUGCAAAAGAGAGUGUCAGGUACAGCACUGGCAGAAGCACAAGAAAGCUUGCAACUUGAUGGCUGAUACCUUGAAGAAAAUACAGGAAGAUGUACAAGCGCAGGCAACUCCUUCCAAGUAAUUCUGAUGGGUAGAGGAGUUUGCUCCAGUUCCUCCUUUGACAAAUAGGCUAAAUUUUAGAGUUUGAGAUUAGAAAAUAUCCUAUUAGCAACAUACACAGGAAGCCACUUAAUGUCAGAUUUAACAAACUUUCAGACAAAUACAGCCUAGGCUAGAGGAACAAAAUUCUCAUACACUAGGAGAGAUUGCACAAGAAAAGACUGAGCCCACUGAGUAGAGAAACACCCUCUCCCCUAUGCCAAUUUAAUCUUAAAAUACCACUGCUGCUUGUCUCCUGGACUGUGAAGGUGAUGCAUGCAUAUUGGACUGUUCCUAGUGACAGAGAGCUAGAGUGACUCCCUAGGAAUUUGGAAGGACUGAAUUUUAGUUGUGCUAGAAUUGCUUCUUUACUUUGUCAUCUAGAAUUUUUAAGUCUAUGGAAUCAUUUUGCAUACUGGCUUAGAUGAAGAGCCUGCCCAGUCCCAUGGCACUGAAAUUAACUAGAUUCCCUGCUACAGUUAACAGCAGAAAUGAUGAAGCUGACUCACAAUUGUUUUCUUUCCAUGAACCAAUGCAGUCACUUGAUACCUAUAUACCUGCUUGGAGAAUGAAAACCUGAGCCUAUUUUUAAGCCUUUAUGGAAGAUAGUCAUUAAACCCAGAAGGCACUCAUAUUUUUUGGAUUGUUUUUCAUAUGCCAUUCUAUAAUGUUGGACACUCUCCUGAUCCGACUUCCCUAUGCUGCUUUUCAGAGAGAAGUGAAACAAUCUUAAGAGCACAAAAUAUCUUGUUCAAAUUCAAACCAUUUUUCAGCACUGUGGAGUGUAUAGACACACAUUCACACAGAGAGAGAGCAUUCUUACAAUUUACAAAGUUCCUAUUAGAUCUCAGUAAUUUAAAUUUAGUUUUGAAAUUAUAGCUAUAUCCUGAAUACUUGAAUCUCAGUCCAGAGAGUUCAUUCUACAUCUUGUUCGAAACAACUAAAUUUAAUUGUUUUGCGAAAUAAACAUUACAUACAAACUGUAGCCCAAGGGCUUCUUUGGAUAAAAGCUGCUUCUGAGGGGGUAACGAGAAGCAGCAGAUCAGAAGGGGUGCUUGACUAUAUUACCCUGUUCAAAAUCCCUGCCCCCACUUGUAGCUUUCACCUCAUGUUUGUAAGGACUGUUAUACACAUUUUUAUAACAUGUUGUUUGAUCCCAAUUUAUGUCAAUUACUUUAAUAGCUGCACUCUGUAUGGACCAGGAUCCCAGCAUUUAGAAAUAUUUUGAUGUCUCAAAAUAGCAUAUGUGUCUUUUGUACUAUGGGACAAAAAGAAUGGAGAGGGCCAACAGGCAAUGUUACCAACUGUCCCAUCUGGUUGCUUCAGAAGCAUUGAGUGCUAAACCAAGGGAGGAGACAGGGAAAGGAUGUGGUUAAUUAAACAAUUUCAGUUUUGCUGAGCUGCACAGUUUCAGAAUUGAGAGUACAACACAUGACAUCUUUACUGAGAAAGUUUAUUCUGUUAUUUAAUCCUUGUUUUGUUGUUUAAAAUUAAACUAAUGUCUGCCAUGUGAGAACAUUUAGGAAUGUGAUGCUAUGUGUAAUUGAUACCCUCAGGCAAGAAGUCCCAUGGGAGUGAAUGAAGGUCUUGUUUAAAAGUA